AUGGUCAAUAAUAUAUUCAAUCGAUUUCGUCGUUCGAAUAAUAUUGUCACCUCGAAUGAGACAAGUGUUCCGGCGAUAACGACAAGUGACGAUGAGGACCAUCACGAAUGGGAUCGUCCAAUAGAGUUUGUGUUUUCACUUAUUUCGAACUCAGUGGGACUUGGUAAUGUCUGGCGUUUCCCAUAUCUCGCUGCCAGAAACGGUGGAGGUGCUUUUCUUAUUCCGUACUUCAUUUUGUACUUCUUAAUCGGAGCGCCUAUGUAUUACUUGGAAUUGGCCAUGGGUCAGUUUUCAAGUCGAGGUCCAGCUACUGCAUUUGUUCUCGCUAAAGGAUGGCGAGGCGUUGGCUUUGCUAUGAUUAUCAAUAGUGUAUUGGCCAUGCUUUACUAUAAUGUAGUUAUUGCAUGGGCAUUAUUCUACUUUAUAUCGUCGUUUCGAGGACAUCUUCUAUGGUCUGAUUGUGACCAUUGGUGGAAUACGGAUCGUUGUAUCGUGCCUGGAAACCGCGGAACAACUUACGCAGUUAAUGGAACAACAUUUAACUGUACGGAAUCACAGUAUCAAAAUUUUAGUAUAUACAAAUGUACAGAAAUAAACAUGAAGGACCGAGUUCCUGCCACAGAAGAAUUUUACUACAGACUUCUUCUACAGAAAAGUCCCAGCUUCGAUGAUUUCGGCACGCCAACACUUUAUAUGUCUCUUUCACUAUUCGUUUCAUGGAUCAUUGUUUGUCUAUGCAUCAUUCGAGGUGUCAAAACAUCGGGCAAGGUUGCCUACUUCACGGCCAUUUUUCCAUAUUUGGUUCUGUUGAUUCUGAUAAUCUACACAGCAACAUUGAGUGGUUCUGGUGAUGGUAUCCGGUUUUAUGUUGUUCCUAAGUGGGAACUAGUUGGUGACUUCAAGACAUGGCAAGCAGCUGCCUCACAAGUUUUUUUCUCUUUGGGUAUCAGCUUUGGCUCAUUAAUGGCCUACUCAGCAUCGAACAAGUUUCAUAACAACUUUUUCAAGCAAAUGUGCAUCGUUGUUUUCUGUGAUUGUCUAACAGGAGUGUUUGCUGGAUUUGCCGUCUUUGCUACUAUUGGCUUUCUGGCAAAAUCAUUAGGUGAAACAGUCGAGAAAUACGCAGAAUCAUCAGGUCCUGGUCUGGCAUUCAUCACUUAUCCAGAGGCUAUUUCGAAUAUGCCGGCUAGUCCAUUCUUUGCAAUUAUCUUCUUUUUGAUGCUACUCGCACUUGGUCUAGGCUCUCAGUUUGCAUUCACUGAUGUACCCAUCACUUCGAUAGUGGAGUUAUUUCCUCGUCUUAGAAGAAAUCGUCCAUAUGCUGUUGUAAUCACUUGUGUUCUUUCAUAUCUCAUUAGUCUCACGUUCGCUUGUCCUGGCGGUAUUUAUUUCUUCGAGCUCUUUCAAGAGUAUGCAGCCAAUACUUCUAUGCUUGUUGUCGGCUUUUUUGAAGUGAUCGUGAUAUCUUACAUUUAUGGAUUCAAUCGAUUUAUGAAUGAUGUAAACAUGAUGCUGAAUAAACGAGCUGCUGAAAUAUAUCUAUUUCUAACUUGGUAUAUUUCAGCACCGCUACUCACGCUUAUCAUAACUGUAACAAAACUGAUCAGUGCAGCACCGAUAACACUUGCUGCGGGUGGUGGAUUCCCUCAUCAGCUACGUAAAGGAAUUUCAAUUUUUGCGCAAGAUACAGUUGAGAUCCCAAUCAAUGAUCGAAAGCAAUGA